AUGGAGGAACAACAGGGCCCCCAACACCGUGGCUACAGCAAUACCACAAUGCCUCUCUCAGAAACGGACGACUGCAAAUUAACUGAUUUCAUGGGAAAGAAGGGAGAGAAAGCCCAUGAGGAGGUACCUGUGGUCCAUCUUGAGAUGGUAGACAAGCGCAAGGAAACAGACCUCAAUGAAGCUAAAUAUGCGUUCAUUUUCUUUCCUGAAAUCUCAAGUAACAUGUUACCAGUGGUUGAGAUAAGCAAUUCAACUACUGAUGAAUAUUUGACUUCUUCUGAUGAGGAAGUGGAAGAAGAUGGUGAAACGAAAAAGAGGAAGAAGAAGGGCCUAAAAGACAAGAUCAAAGAAAAAAUAUCACGCACGACGGAAGAGGAUUGCACCAAUCCGAAGGAUACAUUUAUUGCCGCCAUGGAGGAAGGCUAUACAGAGGAAGAAAAUGGAGAAACAACCAACUCAGAAGAGAACAAAGGAUUUCUGGAGAAGAUCAAAGAAAAACUUUCCCCCCAGCACAAGAAGACUGAAGAGGUAACUGCAACUCCUGCUAACCAAGAACAUACUCCAGGAGGUGAGAUGAAAGAAAAGAAAGGUAUUUUGGAAAAAAUAAAGGAAAGGCUGCCUGGACACCACAAGACGGAUGUUGAGCCGAAAGAGAAAGAGAACUAA